GAUGAAAUUGUCUUGCGCACGUAGCGUGCGCUGUCGGAUUUGGUCGUUACCUGAGCAGUGACGGGAGGGAGCAGCAUGACAUUAGCACGCGCGGGCCACCGUGCUCUUCUUAUGGCACUCAUGCUCAUCUGUCAAGAUUGCGGCGUGAGAAGCUUAGAGUUACUGGAGCUACGUGUACCAGCACACGUGCCUCUUGGUACGCGGGCGCAGCUUUCCUGCCACUGGCGACUAGGACCUACUGACGUGUUAUACUCGGUUAAAUGGUAUAAAGACGGCAAGGAGUUCUUCCGUCAUGUACCCCGAGAUAUCGAGCCGUGCAGGAAGUUCCCUCUACCAGGCGUCGAUGUCGUGGCAUCAAGUCGGGACGCUGCCAAUGUCACUCUACAUGCGGCGGUCCUGGAAACCGGUGGGAGGUACCGCUGCGAGGUGUCAGGGGAGCGGCCGCUCUUCCUCACUGUGUCAGACCACGCUGACAUGACCAUCGUUGCAUUGCCCGACCAUGGACCAACGAUAACAGGGUCGCGUCUGCGAUAUCAGAUUGGAGACAGGGUCCAAGUGAAUUGUACGUCGGGGAAGUCACGACCGGCUACCCGGUUAGCGUGGUAUAUUAACGGUGAGCCGGCCCCCUCCCCGGCGGUUCUGGCCCCCACGCACCAAAUAACUGACGACGGGCUGGAAGUCACCAGUCUCGCACUUGACUUCAAAGCCAAGCCCAAACACUUUAGGAAGGGAGACCUUAAAUUAAAAUGUUUGGCCACAAUAGCAACAGUGUAUUGGCGUAGCAAUGAGGAGAGCGUCCAAGGGGAACGCUUGAAAGGCUACGCAAGGUCCCGGGAGCUCAGUGAGGGAACAUCGCGCGCGGACCGGGUCCAAGCCGCGGUUAAACCUGGGGGCUCCUCCACCGGACUCAGUGUCACCACACGUCUACUUGUGUUGUGUACGUUGAUUAUAUACAUGUUACCAACAUGACUCCGGAAUGAAACGAUAUGUGAUAUGCUCUUAUAAGUGCUGAAACAAGAUUUGUGAUAGUUCUACGUUUGUUGUGAAGUAUAGGUGUGAAAAGUGAUGGAAAACGCUUGGACGAAUAUUUUGACAAUUUGCUGGUUCGCUCUCUAUGCUUUUAGGACCAGAAUCCAUUCCAUACUUACUCUUAAGUUACAAAUAAUAUCAAUUUGUUAUAAUAACAAUUAACUAACUUACUUUGUUAAUAAUGCCAGGACCACCGAGGCACUUUAACCUUACAGUUACACCUAAACAGAGCUGAAAUUUAUAUACUUAGCUAUAAUCAGUGGGUAAUUUGAAUAUACCUAAUGUUGUUAAGAUCAAAUUAUGGUUGUAAAUGAUAGUAAAGUUGAGAAUAAGAUUAUGAUAGAGGAAAUUAUUUAUAAAAGCAAAAUGUUAAAUACAAACGAUUAAAUUGGAUAUUUUAAUGCAUUGCGAGAUUCUAUUUCGAACAUUAUAUGGGAAUGGAUCAUUCAUUAGGGACGGAAUAUUAAUUUAGACAUUUAAAAGUUUACAGGAAUUGUAACUGCUA